AGUUUUUCACGGAACCUAAAGCACAAGACAAGUUCUAACCUGUUUAUAUACAGGCUGUGGUUCUAACCCAGUGACAAAAUGUUGCACAAAAUCAUUAAUUUGACAGUGAGGGAUGUGAGAUUCCCGACGUCUCUGGAGCAGCACGGCUCAGACGCGAUGCACACUGACCCGGAUUAUUCAGCCGCAUAUGUGGUCAUUAACACGGACUGCGGGCUGAGAGGCUUCGGCCUCACCUUCACUCUGGGGAAAGGCACUGAGAUUGUGGUUUGUGCUGUGGAGGCUCUGGCUUCACUGGUUGUUGGGAAAUCCUUGCAGGAGAUUGUGGGCGACUUCCGGGGAUUUUACCGCCUCCUGACCAGUGACGGCCAGAUGAGAUGGCUGGGUCCGGAGAAAGGCGUGAUCCACCUGGCCACGGCGGCAGUCCUGAACGCAGUGUGGGACCUGUGGGCUCGGGCGGAGGGCAAGCCGCUGUGGAAACUGCUGGUCGACAUGGAUCCCAAGCAGAUCGUCUCCUGCAUUGACUUCAGAUACAUCACUGAUGCUCUCACAGAGGAGGAGGCUCUAGACAUCCUCCAGAGAGCUCAGGAGGGCAAGCAGCCGAGAGAGGAUCUCAUGCUGGAGGAGGGUUACCCCGCCUACACCACCUCCUGCGCCUGGCUCGGCUACUCAGACCAGCUGCUCAAACAGCUCUGCACAGACGCUCUCAAAGACGGUUGGACCAGAUUCAAGGUGAAGGUCGGAGCCGACCUGGAGGACGACGUGCGCAGGUGUCGCCUCAUACGGCAAAUGAUCGGAGCCAACAACACUCUGAUGAUCGAUGCCAACCAGAGAUGGGACGUGGCCGAGGCCAUCAGCUGGGUGUCCCACCUGGCUGAGUUCAAACCUCUCUGGAUCGAGGAGCCCACGUCUCCGGACGACAUCCUGGGUCACGCUGCCAUCUCCAAGGCUUUGGCUCCACUCGGGAUCGGCGUAGCAACAGGAGAGCAGUGUCACAGCAGGGUGAUGUUUAAGCAGUUCCUGCAGGCCUCGGCCCUGCAGUUCGUCCAGAUAGACAGCUGCCGGCUUGGAAGCGUCAACGAGAACCUGGCUGUGCUGCUGAUGGCCCACAAGUUCCAGGUGCCUGUGUGUCCUCAUGCUGGAGGAGUCGGUCUCUGUGAACUCGUCCAGCAUCUCAUUCUGUUCGACUACAUCUGUGUGUCUGGAAGUCUCAGCAACCGAAUGUGUGAAUAUGUGGAUCACUUGCAUGAACACUUCAGCAGUCCCGUGGUGAUCCGUGACGCCCACUACAUGCCUCCCAAGGAUCCAGGCUACUCCUGUGAGAUGCUGGAGCCGUCGGUGCAGAGACACCAGUUCCCUGCAGGAGACGUGUGGAAGCAGCAAAUUAACAAAUAAGGAUUUUAUCUGAAAAAUGUCACUGAAGGCUCUUUAUUAGUCUCUUGAUUAGACUUGUAGUUGAGUGAUGAAAAAACGGACAAAAUUCUGACUUUUGUAACAUAAAUUGUGUUUUGCUGCUUGGCUCCUCAGAGCCUAACUGCAGUAACUACAGAAAGAGUAAAACUGAGAAAAACUGCUUUAAAGAUUUCUAAUGUUUUUUACCUGGCCAGCCAAAUGGGUUAUAGGUAGGUUAGUGAUAUGACACCUAUUUCUACAUGUGUUGAUGUCAUUUGUAUUGUAUUGAUUUAUUUGACCCUAAAAUGUAGUUACUACACUCUGGUUUUGCAUUGCUGUAAAAUGUUCUAAUAGUAAUGCGAAACCGCAGUAACAGUAACUACAAUGUUGUCUUCUUUCAGCUUUAAUAUUUUUUCAGUGUAUAAACAUUUUUAAAUUGAUUGUUGUUUACAAACUCUAUUGAAAGAAUUGUAUUUUAGAUUUAUAAGUAAUGUUAAAUUUUAGUCUUAAUAUUUUAAAAUACAUUUUUAU